AUGUGGAUCUGUGGUGCCGCAGAUGUGCCGAACCCUUGGAAUGACGUCCAAUCACUCGUGUUUGAGCAUUUUUUCGCAAUUAAACCUUAUGGUCUGACCCCUGAUGAUCAAGCGGCUCUCCAGCAUAAGCUCCUCAUAAAGAUCUCCCAAGGAUAUAGUGUAUGGGAUUCCUUGAGCCAACUCAACUACAAAACUCAUCAGCUCAACUACGCAUCCUGCCCAACCCUGCCUACUCCAACGAAAGAACGAUAUACUCUGGAGGAUGCUCAACGUUAUCUUGAAUCCUCUAGCCCUAUUCUCCCAGGUUGGCGAUUUUUCAACCUCACUGCUUCGACACUUAUCUUACCUUUAACGAAGACAGCGAAAGACGAUCAUAAUUAUAAUCGUGAUGCGAAUGAUUCCGAGACCGCUGGCCUUGAGAAGGGCGAGAUUUUGGCGUAUAGUCGCUUGAUGGAAGAUUGGGAACGAAGAACCUCCAAGUGCCCUCAAUGGUAUAAAGGAACACAUCGAACUAAAAACAAAGAAAAUUAUUGG